CAUAAUUAAAAGUUUUCACAACAAAAUGGCCGCCAGACAAGACAUUUUACGAAUUUAUCGUUUACUUUUGAUUGAGGCUAGAAACUUUAAUAACUAUAAUUACAGAGUAUACGCCAUUCGAAAAGUUCGAGAAUGUUUUCGUGAACGUAUGAAUGAAAAAGAUGAAACAAAAAUCAUGGCGUUUUUGAAAGAAGCCGAAACAAGUUUAGUGAGUUUGAGAAGACAGACAUUGCUGAAUAAUAUUUAUGGAACGUCAAAGUUGGUCAUUGAAUCAUGAAGAAAAACACAUCGUUAUACUGUUAACACUUGAGCAAAAUCUAGAAAUUUUACUACUUGACUGUGACGUAUGAAAAGAAGGUGAUGAGGAAGAAAAAACGAUUUCUGAUGAACUUUAGAAGUAAUAACAUCAUCCAAAAAGUAAACAUUGUUUCAAUUUAUUUUUAAAUUCGCUCUAAAUUUACAACGAUUGAUGUUAUUCUUAAAUAUAACAUAAAUACAUUUAUUACUAGGAAGAA